CGUGACCCAGCUAUUCUGUACACACACACACACAGACACACAGUAAAACACAGCAGGCACUUAAAAGCCAACGCCAUGGCGUUUUGACCACCAAUUUCACCCCACAUCCAAACAAUUACCAUGAACCAUCUCCGUUGACAAACACGCAUUAUCUCACGCGUAAUGGCGAGCGCGCUGCAGAUGAAGCACUCCAGUUUGGAGCACACACGGAAGCGCGUAAUAGAUCCACGACGGAGACAAGCUGCACUCUCCUUCCUCAGCAACAUCUCUCUGGACGGACGACCCGUGCAGGAUGACGGGGAGAAUCAGACCGAGGAUGAGGACAGCUCGAGGACUAGACAGAGCCUGGUUUCUGCAGUGGGCCAGCAGGCAUUGGCCGCGGCAGCGAACCAGGCUCUCAGCAGUGCCCGAGCUGCUGGUUUCAUGGCUGGGAUCACGGGUCCCAGCGCGGCCUCUGCUGCUCCUCCUCCUCCAGCGUGCAGUGCCGAUGCGGAGGGGGAUGUGUGCGGCGCUCAGGUGCUCCAGCCCGUGUUCAGCUCCCCCUUUUCCGCAGUUCCACCGGCUACAAGAGGGAGACUCCAGACGUACACUCAGGGAAUCCUGCCUGUGUCCUACACCAGGCAGUCCAGCCAGAACUACUGCUGUCUAGAGGGAGGGCAGAUAGCCAACUCUGCCUUGGAGCUGCAGAGAUCCAGGCGGAGACUCAUAUCCCAGCGUUCUUCACUGGAGACUCUUGAGGAUAUUGAAGAGAACGCCCCUCUACGCAGAUGCCGGACUUUAUCUGGUUCACCCCGACCAAAGAGUUUUAAGAAGGUCCACUUCAUCAAAAACAUAAGACAACAUGAUAUGCGCAAUGGAAGGAUAGUCCUUAUCAGUGGCAGAAGAUCCUUCUAUAGUGUUUUUUCUGUCCUGCCCUAUCGAGAUUGUAGCCAAACAGGGGAUGUGAAGACAGAAAGCGGACGCCAGCGACACCCCUCGGGUGGCAUGAGUGCCAAGGAGAUGGUGAUCGGCCUGGAGGGUGUUGAAUUGGGUGCAGAUGGCAAGACAGUGUCAUACACACAGUUCCUGUAUCCAACCAAUGUCCUGGGUCGUCGAAACACCAUUGACUCCACGUCCUCUUUCUCUCAGUCUCGCAAUGCCAGCCACCGCAGCCUCAGCCUGGCACGUGCCAACAGUAACCAGAGUAGCCUUGAUACAGGGAAUGAACUGGGAGAUUUAAGGGAGUACGACCCAAAUCUUCUGGAUGACCCGCAAUGGCCAUGUGGAAAGCACAAAAGAGUGCUUAUCUUUCCCUCGUACAUGACCACAGUCAUUGAGUAUGUCAAACCCUCUGACCUCAAGAAGGACAUGAAUGAGACUUUUAAGGAGAAGUUCCCUCACAUUCGUCUAACACUGAGCAAGAUCAGAAGCCUGAAGCGAGAGAUCCGUAAACUAGCUCAGGAUGAGUGCGGCUAUGAGGAGUCCACGGUGGCCAUGGCCUUCGUUUACUUUGAGAAGCUGGUGCUCCAGGGUAAACUCAACAAACAGAACCGCAAACUCUGCGCCGGUGCCUGUGUCCUGCUCGCAGCAAAGAUCGGAGGAGACCUAAAGAAACACGAAGUCAAACACCUGAUUGAUAAACUGGAGGAGAGGUUUAGGGUGAACCGUCGAGAGCUGAUCGCCUUCGAGUUCCCUGUUCUGGUGGCCCUAGAGUUCAACCUGCAUCUCCCAGAGCAUGAGGUCAUGCCCCAUUAUAGACGCCUCCUGCAAAACUCCUAGCGACAGCCCCCAUCAGGGGAGCCCUCUUUCUCUCCUGAUCUUCUCACCCCUAUGCACAUCGCCAACGUCCACUAUCAUCUCCAGAUGUUGGAAAGAAGACACUAUUCCACUGUUCUCUUUUCAGCCAAAGUGACAACUCCAUAUCGAACUUUUGUUUUCACUCUAAGAAGCUACUUUCUAAAGGGAAUAGCUUAUCCUAGACUGUUGAUUUCUCCAUUCACUUAAGACAUUUUAAGUGUUUAUUUUCCAACAUAGUGAAAAUUGUCGUCAUUUGCUCACCCCCAUGUUAUUCUAAACUAGUAUGCUGUCUUUUUUCCAUGAAACACAAAAGGAGAACUUUUUAAGAAGCUUCAUGUUGUUCUUUUCCAUGCAAUGAGAGUUCAUAGUGACAAGCUCCAAAAAAAAAAAAAAAAAAAAAAACAAAACAAAAAAAACAUAAAAUUGGUCCAUUCAACUUGUGCUCUAUUGAUACAGUCUUUUGAAGCCAUACAAUAAUUUUUUGUGAGAAUACUGAAAUUUCAAAGCGAUGGUUCACCCAAAAAUGAAAACUAUUCUAAACCUGUAUGACUUAUGACAGAAGACAUUUUUCAAACUAUCAACUUUUGCGUUCCAAAGAGGAAGGAAAGUCAUACAGGUUUGGAAUGACAUGAAGGUGAGCAUUUUUGGGUGAACUGUCCCUUUACUUGUUAUUUGCUGAAAAUCUCUACUGAAAAACUUUGAAUUCUCUGUUGUGUUUCAUGUGAGUAAGAACUGCAUACUGGCUGGAAUGACAUUGAGUAUGAUGACAGAACUUUCAUUUUUGGAUGAACUUUUCACAAGAACUGUAAUUUUUUUUUUUUUUUUUUUUAAAUGCGGAACAAGUUUGGACUGUUUGAUUUUUGCAUUCUUUCCACAGAUUACAGUAUUCCUGUAUUUUUCCAUUCUUCACAUCUUCCUUAAUCCCAAAGUUUGACACUCUGCCAAAUCUGACUAGUUUCUCUGCACUCAAUCGUUCUUGGUUGAAAGCCUUAAAAAAAAAAAAAAAAAUAGUUGAAUGAUCCUGAACUCACGCAAGUAUGUGACUGUUCUUCGCUGACGUUUCCUUAUGUACUACAAGUGCACUUUUCAGGUUUUGUGUAUGGCAGACCUUUUUGGCAUCUGCAGAAGCUCUUGGUGGAGGGGUCUUCAUCUCAUUUCUCAUUUAAAUUCAUUUCAGCCAGCAUUCCCUCGAUUCGUGUUACCGCCAAGCAAAAAUAUGUUGCUGUGGUAUCUCCAGUGGGACUUUUCUACAGUUCUUAAGGGGUACAUUUACGUACCCCUGUCGAUUUUUCUACCCUUGUGCAUUGACUUUGACAGUUUAGUGGUGUGGCUUGCUGCACUUAUGGUUACUGUGUCCGUGCUCUAUGUUAGAGUGUAUUCUGAGCACAUUUGUAGUGCUACACUGUAUGAAGCAACAUCAGGUCAUACCGCUGAUAAUCAAUGCUAACUAUUUGGCCUAACUAGGCUCAGCAGUGGCAGGAAUGAAAUCUGUAUGACUAAUAUGCUACGGUGUUGACUAAUGCAUGUACACCAAAGCAGUGUUAAACUUGCGUUUGACUUGUAAACGCUACUUUUUAAAAAUGAUUGAUUUGAUGAUUAUUUUGAAUCCGUUUCCUCUGAACCAGAUAUUGGUUAUCACCAUUGGUGGUACAAAAUUGUGUGUAAGCUGAAUUUUAUCUCUCAGCGCACAGUUUGUGUUACUACAUUCAUAAUCCUGUAUGUUUAUUAUGUUCACUAUGCACUACGCAAUUCCAUGAAUCAGUUAUAAACAGUUCGAGAUUGAUGCAAAAUAAAAUCAUUUGAGUUGAGUAUCUAAUAGCAGGAAUUAAAUACUUUUAGAACAGUAACUUGCAUUUAACCACUUAAUUCUAAAAUAAAUAAUGCCUAGAAUGUGAAGAGUUAUAAAAGAAAGAACAAGAUUUGGCCUUGUGAAAUGCACUUUAGGAUUGUUAGCAAGUGACUGGGAUGGAUGCCUAAAACCCAUGAAACAUUUGUACAAUGCAGAUACAUUUGUGUAAAUAUGCUGCUUUGCUUGUUCAAUAAAAAACUAAAUUUUGAGAAA